GAAGCGUGUGGAGUAAUGAUGUUGCACUCACUGUUCUUAUAACUUUUGCGAUAGUGAUGUUACUGUAACAGACUAACUGUCAUAAUUGUAAACGGACAGAAAUAUCACUUAAACUGCAUGGUAGGAAAAAGGAAAUCAUGACUGCCAAUGAAGAUCAAGAGAUGGAGUUAGAGGCUCUUCGCUCCAUUUAUGAAGGAGACGACUGUUUCAAGGAGCUCAGUCCAGUGUCUUUCCAGUAUAGGAUAGGUGAUCACGAGGACCCUAAAGCAUUUUUGUUAGAAAUUUCAUGGCCGGAAACAUAUCCCGAAACUGCACCUCGAAUAUCUCUAGAUGCCUUUUUCAACAACAGAAUAUCUCCAGAGACAAAGCAAGCUAUAUUGGCCAAACUGGAGGAGCAGGUUGAGAGUAACCUUGGAACUGCCAUGAUGUACACUCUCUUUGAGUGGGCAAAAGAAAACCAGGAGUCACUAAUGGAGAACCAUCAGCCAGUGGUUUCUGCAGUGACUUUGAUUUCCAACAGUGAAACCCCAAACUUGGUCUCCACUAACAAGAAAAAAGAAAAAAAAGAACAGCUGACCAAAGCGCAGAAGAGGAAAAUAACCGGACGAACAGAUAAUAAAGGUGAACUUCCCAGAGGCUGGAAUUGGGUUGAUGUUAUCAAGCAUCUCAGCAAAACAGGUGGCAAAGAAGAAGACUAGAGGAUUUUGGAGCCAAUGUGAAGGGGAGGUUUCCAGUGGUUUUUACAUCAAAGUGCAAUGAUCUCACUUGACCUCACUCUGACCUCUUAAUGCUGCUCUGUAUAAAUGCCUUUGAGUUGACCGGUGUUGCGAAGAUGUUGCGGAUCCAGACAAAUCCAGAUCAGUGGUUUUUUUAGCGUAUCAGAAUGAGGCUUGUUAUGUGCACUUCGGCUGCUGUUUUCUUUUCCUUCAUUUGAGAAGAUUACAGUGUAUUUAUUUUUUACAUGUGUUGUGAUGACAGUAGGUUGUGCAAAGAUGUGUUUUGAAGUGUGUAUUUCAGCAUGAAUCAGAAUAUAAGCCUCUAUAGAACGUGUCAAUAUUUGCUCAGUGCAUGCUCAGAAUAGAGAUCACAAAGAUGGUUUAACAAAUUAGCAAGGAAAAAUUGCAGUGAGUUUCACAUGCAGUCUUUGAUCGACCUGAAAUAUUUAAGGUUGGAAAUAGGAGGACUUACAAACUUCUUCUGUGGUUUAAAAAUGUCUACCAUUUUUAAAUAUGGUAUGAUGAAUAAGGUGUACUGGUGUUUUUUGUGUGGAAUCUUUAUGGAGAGCACCAGUAUGACACCUUGUGGUGUUGUGACUUUUCUAAUGCAUUGGGCUAUCUUAAAACAGCAAUCUUGAUAUGUGUCAACAUUGCUUAAUGGAUAUGAACUCCAUAUCUGACACCUGUCCAGACCUAUCUGUUAUCCCAAGAGGACAACUUUUGAAACAUUUUUAAUAAUAAUAGUAAUAAUAAAA